AUGUGUGGUAUUUUUGCUGCUUAUAGACAACCACAAGUUGAUGAAUUUAAAGGCAAGGCCUUACAAUACUCCAAAUUAAUUAGACAUAGAGGUCCAGAUUGGUCAGGUAAUGUUGUUCAAAACAGUACUAUUUUAUGUCAUGAAAGAUUAGCUAUUGUUGGUUUAGAUUCUGGUGCUCAACCAAUUGUUUCCCCAGAUGGUAACUUUACUUUGGCUGUUAAUGGUGAAAUUUAUAACCAUAUUCAAUUAAGAGAACAAUUUCCUGAUUAUAAAUUUAAAUCUUUAAGUGAUUGUGAACCAAUCAUUCCAUUAUUCGAAAAAUAUGAUACUGAUGCUCCAAAAUAUUUAGAUGGUAUGUUUGCUUGGGUUUUAUAUGAUAAAAAAAAUGAUAGAAUUGUUGCCGCUAGAGAUCCAAUCGGUAUUACUACUUUAUACAUGGGUAAAUCUUCAAAAACUCCAAACACUAGAUAUUUUGCUAGUGAAUUGAAAUGUUUAACUGAAGAAUGUGAUGAAAUUAUUGCUUUCCCUCCAGGUCAUGUUUAUGAUUCAAACACUGAUAAAUUAACAAGAUAUUUCGAACCAACUUGGUGGGAUUCUUCUAAAAUUCCUCAAACUCCAGUUGAUUACAAACAAGUUAGAGAAACUUUAGAAUUGGCUGUUAGAAAGAGAUUGAUGGCUGAAGUUCCAUAUGGUGUUUUAUUAUCUGGUGGUUUGGAUUCUUCUUUAAUUGCUUCUAUUGCUGCUAGAGAAACUAAAAAAGCUGCCACUACCAUCAGUCCAACCGGUAUUGAUGCCAACAAAGAAUUAUCUGGUGUUGAUGAUAAGGGUUCUUUACAUUCUACUGGUGCUUAUAACCAAUUACAUUCAUUUGCCAUUGGUUUACCAGGUGCUCCAGAUUUAUUAGCUGCUGAAAAAGUUGCUCAUUUCAUUGGUACUAUUCAUCAUUCUCAUACUUUUACUUUAGAAGAAGGUCAUGAUGCCUUAGAUGAUGUCAUUUAUCAUUUGGAAACUUAUGAUGUUACUACCAUUAGAGCUUCUACUCCAAUGUAUUUAUUAUCUAGAAAAAUUAAAGCUCAAGGUGUUAAAAUGGUUCUUUCUGGUGAAGGUUCUGAUGAAAUCUUUGGUGGUUAUUUAUAUUUUGCUAAUGCUCCAGAUGCUAAAGAAUUCCAUCAAGAAUGUGUUUCAAGAGUUAAAAACUUGUAUUAUGCUGAUUGUCUUAGAGCUAACAAAUCUACCAUGGCUUGGGGUUUGGAAGCAAGAGUUCCAUUUUUGGAUAAACAAUUUUUGGAAGUUUGUAUGAACAUUAACCCUGAAGAUAAAAUGAUUAAACCAGGUAGAAUUGAAAAAUACAUUUUAAGAAAAGCUUUUGAUACUUCUGAUGAACCAGAUGUUAAACCAUAUUUACCAGAAGAAAUUCUUUGGAGACAAAAAGAACAAUUUUCAGAUGGUGUUGGUUAUUCUUGGAUUGAUAGUUUAAAAGAUACUGCUGAAAAAGUUGUUAGUGAUGAAGAUUUUGCUAAUCCUCCAGCUCAUUGGAGUCCAUUUGUUCCAAGUACUAAAGAAGCUUAUUGGUAUAGACAAAAAUUCGAUAAAGUCUUUGGUGUUAAAGGUGCUGAAGUUGCUAGUCAAACUGUUUCCCUUUGGGUUCCAAGAGUUGAUUGGCCAGGUAAUGUUUCUCAAGAUGCUUCUGGUCGUUACCAAUCUACUCAUGUUGCCUCUGUUGUUUAA